CCGCAGCGGCCACUGCUUGAUGUUCUGUGACUGAGGACCCAGCUGUUGAACUUCAUUAUUAUGCCAUUGGAGAUGGAGCCCAAAAUGAGCAAACUUGCCUUUGGGUGUCAGAGAAGUUCCACGUCCGAUGACGACUCUGGCUGUGCGCUGGAGGAGUAUGCCUGGGUGCCCCCGGGCCUUCGACCUGAACAGAUCCAGCUUUAUUUUGCUUGCCUACCAGAGGAAAAGGUUCCUUAUGUUAAUAGUCCUGGAGAGAAACAUCGGAUUAAACAGCUUUUGUACCAGUUGCCACCACAUGAUAAUGAGGUGCGGUAUUGCCAGUCUUUGAGUGAAGAAGAAAAGAAGGAGUUGCAAGUGUUCAGUGCACAGCGGAAGAAAGAAGCACUUGGAAGAGGAACCAUUAAGUUGCUGUCCCGCGCGGUGAUGCACGCCAUCUGUGAGCAGUGUGGGUUGAAGAUAAAUGGAGGUGAAAUUGCUGUGUUUGCCUCUCGCGCCGGCCCUGGCGUGUGCUGGCACCCAUCCUGUUUUGUCUGCUUCACGUGUAAUGAGCUGCUGGUCGACCUCAUCUAUUUUUAUCAGGAUGGAAAAAUUCACUGUGGCAGGCACCAUGCUGAACUGCUCAAACCACGGUGCUCAGCAUGUGACGAGAUCAUUUUCGCUGAUGAGUGCACAGAAGCUGAGGGCCGCCACUGGCACAUGAAACACUUCUGCUGCCUCGAGUGUGAGACGGUGCUGGGAGGACAGAGGUACAUCAUGAAGGAUGGCCGCCCAUUCUGCUGUGGCUGUUUCGAGUCUCUCUAUGCGGAAUACUGUGAAACCUGUGGGGAACACAUUGGUGUCGAUCACGCCCAGAUGACCUAUGAUGGGCAGCACUGGCACGCGACAGAAGCAUGCUUUUCUUGUGCCCAGUGUAAAGCCUCUCUGUUGGGAUGUCCCUUCCUUCCAAAACAAGGCCAGAUUUACUGUUCCAAAACCUGCAGCCUUGGUGAAGAUGUCCAUGCUUCUGACUCCUCCGACUCGGCUUUCCAGUCAGCUCGCUCGAGGGACUCCAGGAGAAGCGUCCGAAUGGGCAAGAGCAGUCGCUCGGCAGAUCAGUGCAGGCAGUCCCUGCUCCUGUCCCCUGCCCUCAACUACAAGUUCCCUGGCCUAUUGGGCAGUGCGGAUGACACCCUUUCUCGGAAAUUGGAUGAUUUGAGUCUUACCAGGCAAGGGGCAAGCUUUGUCAAUGAAGAAUUUUGGAAAGGCAGGGUAGAGCACGAAACCCCAGAAGACCUCGAAGAAUGGGCCGAGCAUGAAGAUUACAUGACCCAGCUUCUCCUCAAGUUUGGUGAUAAAAGCCUCUUUCAGCAGCAGUCCAAUGAAUUGGAUAUUCGAGCUAGUGAGCACUGGAUAUCUGAUAACAUGGUUAAAAAUAAGGCUGAGCUAAAGCAAAAUAACCAGAGCCUGGCAAGUAAAAAAUACCAAUCUGAUAUGUAUUGGGCACAGUCCCAGGAUGGACUGGGUGAUUCUGCUUAUGGCAGCCACCCGGGCCCUGCUAGCAGUCGAAGGCUCCAGGAAUUGGAUCUGGACCACGGGGCUUCGGGAUAUAAUCACGAUCAGACGCAGUGGUAUGAAGAUUCCCUGGAGUGUUUGUCAGACUUGAAGCCAGAACAAAGUGUCCGGGAUUCUAUGGAUUCCUUGGCUUUAUCAAAUAUCACAGGGGCGUCAGUGGAUGGGGAAAGUAAGCCACGGCCAUCACUAUACUCUCUGCAAAACUUUGAAGAAAUGGAAACUGAAGAUUGUGAAAAAAUGAGCAAUAUGGGAACUUUGAACUCAUCAAUGCUACACAGGAGUGCAGAAUCCUUGAAGAGUCUCAGUUCAGAGCUGUGUCCAGAAAAAAUCAUGCCUGAAGAGAAACCAGUGCACCUGCCAGUACUGAGAAGAUCCAAGUCCCAGUCUAGACCCCAGCAGGUCAAGUUCUCGGAUGACGUCAUUGACAACGGAAACUAUGACAACAUCGAGAUCCGCCAGCCUCCCAUGAGCGAAAGGACUCGCAGGCGGGUCUACCAUUUUGAAGAGAGGGGAUCCAGGCCUCACCACCACCAUCGCCGCAGGAGAAGUAGAAAGUCUCGCUCAGACAAUGCCCUGAAUCUUGUUACGGAAAGGAAAUUCUCCCCUAAGGACAGACUGCUGCGGCUUUACACCCCAGAUAAUUACGAGAAAUUUAUACAGAAUCAAAGCGCCCGGGAGAUCCAGGCAUCCCUCCAGAAUGCUGACCUUUAUGGACAGUACGCCCAUGCCACUUCCGACUAUGCACUUCAGAACCCAGGGUUGAACAGGUUUCUAGGACUCUACGGUGACGACGACGACUCCUGGUGUUCCUCCUCCUCCUCCUCUUCCGAUUCAGAAGAAGAAGGCUACUUUCUCGGACAGCCCAUCCCUCAGCCACGGCCGCAGAGAUACGCCUACUAUACAGAUGACCUUUCCAGUCCACCGUCUGCACUCCCCACCCCUCAGUUUGGUCAGAGGACAACAAAAUCCAAGAAGAAAAAGGGACACAAGGGCAAAAACUGUAUUAUCUCCUAAAACUAGUAGCUGUUCCAGUGUAGCCAGUAACCAUCUGAGUCAUAACCUUUUUUCCUUCCAUAGGAGAGUUGCUAAAGUAGUUUGAAGUGCUUUCUUUGCCCUUGUAAAUGAGAACCCGACUGCUGUUUACAGUGUCAGAUUAUCGCUUGGAAGGUGCGCUUUCUCCAGCUUGCCCUCCUUGGAUGUUGCCAGGUGUACGUGGCAUCUUGUACUGUUUGGGGUACAUUACAGUUUUAUAUAGCUGCUUCGGUCUCCACUCCUCAGGAGAAUAUACUUAAGAAACUGUGGCAGGGUGAAUGAAUGAGGGCGUUGAUCCUAGAAGACAGAGAACUCCAGCCACCUUUGUAAAGCAGUAGUGUUUGUCAUUGCGCUUCGUCGAGUUGGCGUGGGUCCCGAUGGCUCUGUCUUGUGAGGCAUGCACAUAGUUACACUGACCUAGCUAACACUGUGCAUCAGGUUGUGCCAGGCCAACUUCUCCCCUGUCCGCCCUCGUUAGCCAGCUCCAAAAUACUCCCCCUGAGGAGUCCUGGCUCCAGCUACACAUU